GAGAACUUCAAGCCCUUGAUUGGGCCUAAGCUUUAUUGUAUUCCUAAAUUGUUUCAAAAACAAUGGGCGCCAUUGCUCUGCUCUCUGGGCUCUGCAUCUCUUUGCUAUUUUUGGGGUCUCAUGGUGUUCGUGUUCCUGCUCCUGUUAACGAUAUUGACGCCCUUCUCCCCAACGGCAACUUUGAGCUAAGCCCCCACCCCACAAAACUCAACAAAACAGUAAUCAUAGGCAAACACUCCCUCCCAAACUGGACCAUCCAUGGCCUCGUCGAGUACAUUUCUGGCGGCCCACAACCCGGCGGCAUGUACUUCAAUGUCACACAUGGCAUCCAUGCCCUCCGCCUCGGCAACGAGGCCACCGUCUCCCAGAACAUAACCAACCUCAAGCCUGGCUCCCUCUACGCCCUCACCUUCAGCGCCUCAAGAACUUGUGCACAGGACGAGGUGCUGAGGGUCUCGGUGCCUCCGUCGACUGGUGAUCUCCCAUUGCAGACUCUGUAUACGAGCUUUGGAGCGGACACAUAUGCUUGGGGGUUUACUGCUGGUAAGAAGACAGUUGAAGUUAUCUUUCAUAAUGUUGGCAUGCAGGAGGAUCCGGCUUGUGGGCCAUUGUUGGAUGCUGUGGCGAUUAAGGAACUAAGACCCCCUAUGCCCACUAGAGACAACCUAAUAAAGAACGGAGGCUUCGAAGAGGGCCCCCACGUCUUCAAGAACUCCACAGCCGGUAUCCUCCUCCCUCCCAAGCAACAAGACUCAAUGUCUGCGCUGCCUGGUUGGAUCAUCGAGUCCCUUAAAGCCGUCAGAUUCGUUGACAAGGACCAUUUCUCCAUCCCGUUCGGCCAGUACGCGGUCGAGCUCGUUGCUGGCAGAGAGAGCGCCAUCGCCCAAGUUAUCCGAACAGUCCCAAACAAACCUUACCUCCUCACGUUCAUCAUAGGAGAUGCAAAGAAUGGAUGCCAUGGGGAUAUGAUGGUUGAGGCUUUUGCUAGCAAUGCAACUGCUAAAGUUCCUUUCCAGUCUAAAGGGAAGGGCGAGUUCAAAGAUGCUAGCCUGAAGUUUAAGGCAAUUGGAGAUAGGACAAGGGUUACUUUCUUUAGUUCAUACUACCAUAUGACUGGUGAUUAUGGGUCUCUUUGUGGUCCUGUGUUGGAUCAGGUUAAACUUCGUCCUCUGUCAUCUUAGUUUGUGUUUGUUGUGGUCUGAGAGUUCGUUUGGUUGGUCAUGGAGUGGAAUUGGAUGUUUAGAAAGCUGUUCUUAGUGUCUGGAGAGUGUACUACUGUCUUUCAGUGAAACUACUUCUUUCUCUGAAUUGAAUGAUGAUUGUUGAAUUCAGUCAUCUUUGCUUAAAUCUCUCCUUGUAUGAUGCA